AUAAAAUCACAGCAAUAUCUUCUGCUGCUGGCCAGCACUAUGGCAAUGUAAAACAAUUAUAAAGAAAUAUGAGGAUGGAUCAGCAACAUUUUAAUUAACAAAAAUUGAUGCUAGAUAAAGACUAAACUGCAGCAUGGUGAAGAAAGUCUCAGGCCCUUCUAUUAUUCUUGGUAUAUCCAGAAUAUGCUCUUCAACUGACUCACCAAGAUGCUCGUUUGGAAUCACCACUAUUUUUGCCUCUACAAUUUUAUGCCAGCUUGAAAGUACAAGUGAUUUUGAGAGUGCUUAUUGGUCUGUUCUUUUUACAUUUACUUAUAUAUACUUGUCCAAGUAAAUUUCAUUUGCUUUAUGUUUAUUUCUAUAUCAGCUAAAACACUUCACAGAAGUUGGAGUUUUUCAAUACCAUAUUGACAAUAUUUUCUGACAUUAGCUUAUAAGAUAAAGUAACAAACAAACACUUAUAGCUAAGUACACAUAUUUUUAUACAUAGAUAUAAAUCCAGUGCGCUUAUAUAGUUAUUCUAUGUAGUUUCUUUUUUGUUUAUUACUCUUUUUUGGGAAAAAUAGUUUGUGAAAAAUUAGAGUGAGAAACUUGAACCAGAUGAAGCUAUGACUACAAAAGAGGCUCAGAGGGUAGUGGUGAUCCAGGAUGCAUCUAAAGAUGUCAGUUCAAGAGCACUCAAAGGGGUCCUGGAAAGCUUAUCUCUUCAACAAGGAGAUGAGCUUAUACUUCUUGCAGUUCUUCACCAGGUUAAUAAUCCUAGUACGUUAUCUUUAUUCGCAGCUGGAAAACGACAUAUGGGAUACAAGAUCAAGGCGGAUUCUAAAACCAGUUCAAUGUUUGGAACGAACCAGAAGAUCAUUGAGGAAGAAUGUUCGAAGAAGGAAAUGGAGUACCAUAACAAUGAAGACUUUGCAGAAAUUUCCCAGCAAUGUGAAAGAGAGGAGAUUGAAUUCCAUAUAGAGGUGCUUCCUGGAUCUUCUCCAAAGCAGGAUGCUCUAGAACGUGCCAAAAGAUUAUAUCCGAGUUGGGUAAUUCUUGAUAGGGAGAUGAAGAAACACAAGAAAUACUUCCUGGAAAGGCUCUCUUGUGGUAUAUCAAGGGUGAAACGUGACAAUUCCAUUGAAAUAUUGAGAGAGCCAAAAUCAAUAGAAAUCAGCAAACCGCCAACUGAAAGAAGCAGCAAAGAGCCUAACGAAAGAAGCACCAAACGUCACGUAAAGUACGAUGAAAUGAUACCAGGAAGCCCGGAGAAAAAAUCCUCCCCUAAGAAAGGCAAAACCAGUGCAGAUAAAGAACAAAGUGAACGCAGUGACGGAUCCCCAUUUCAUAACAACAGGAAACAUACUUCGGCUACUGCUACCUCAUCUAGUGAACAAUUGACAGCUAGAGGUUCAAGUGCAAGUGUAGGGAAUAACGAAUCCACAAGUUCUGUCUUUACAGAUUCCAGAAAAUUUGAAGCUGAAGAAAUGGGAAAAGAGAAAUCUUCAUCUUCCAUUGCUGAGAAUCAAGAGAGAGGUCCAAAAGAAGGUGGUAAUGCAGGAAGCCCUGACGAACAAAAACAGAAUAGAAAUAGUAGUUGGAUGGAAGGGUACCAAACUGAUGAGGAUAUUGAAAAUGCCAUUUGCUCAAAAUGCAGAAAUAGAAGGCCAAAGAUUGGAUGGAAGAAAGACUUCACUUAUGCAGAGCUCCAAGCUGCUACGGAUAAUUUUUCACAGAAGAACUUCCUAUCAGAAGGAGGGUUUGGUUCUGUGUACAAAGGAGAACUGAAUGGGUUAAAGAUUGCUGUUAAGCAACACAAAAGUGCAAGCUUCCAAGGUGAGAAAGAAUUCAAAGCAGAAGUUAAUGUACUCAGCAGGGUUAGACACAAGAAUUUGGUCAUGCUGCUCGGUUCGUGUUCAGAAGGCAGCCACAGACUGCUUGUUUAUGAAUUCGUUUGCAAUCGUUCACUGGACCAACAUCUAUCAAAACAUACUCGCAAACCUCUGAGCUGGGAAAUGAGGAUGAAAAUUGCUUUCGGAGCUGCAAAAGGCUUGCAAUAUCUGCAUAAAAACAAUAUCAUCCACAGAGAUAUGAGGCCAAACAACAUACUGGUGACACAUGAUUAUGAAACCAUGCUAGGAGACUUUGGUCUUGCAAGAACCCAAUGUGAUGACACAGAUCACUCAUCAGAGACAAGAGUUGUCGGAACUCUGGGAUAUUUGGCACCAGAAUAUGCAGAAAGUGGCAGGGUGUCAACCAAGACAGACGUUUACGCAUAUGGGAUCAUUCUGUUACAGUUGAUCACUGGUCUCAGGCCUACAGACAAGUCACUCCAAGGAAAAAGUCUUGUGGGAUGGGCAAGACCAUUGCUAAAAGAAAGGAACUACCCAGAUUUAAUAGACCCAAGGAUUAUAGACGCUCAUGACUUCCACCAACUGUUUUGGAUGGUUCAGAUAGCUGAGAAAUGUCUCUGCAAGGAUCCUCACAAGAGAGUCACUAUGGAUAGGAUUGUCUCUGCUUUACGCCUCCUAAUGGAGUCCAACACAUCUUGCAGCGUAAUUGAAAUUUCACCAGCACAUUCAGAUUCAGCCUUCAGUGUCCCAGAUGCUGAUUCUUCGGAAACACGAGGUGAGGAAGUUAACUCUGCAUGUAUAGAAACAACAUCGCUGUACGGUAGUUGCCUUGCAGAGACAAGUCCUGGAGGACUUUCACCAUCCCCACCUUCAUCAAGUCAAUCCCCUUCUUCAGGAAGUUCAAGCAUUGACAGAGUGUCUGGCACGUCCAGUUUGGAUUCUAGACAGGAUGAUUAUUUGUAUAAUAAGGAUUUAGCAGCGUAGGAGGAUUAAUAUCAUGGUGUUUUUAAAGGUUUCUUGCCAAUCUUCUCAUGAUUUUCCCCAUUUUCCGACCAUGUUUUCGCAUUGGAAAUUUGUAAUUUCCCGACUCCAAUAACUAUUCGUAUACAUAAUUGUCUUU